UAUCACCGAGAGAGGCAUAAUAUUUUCUUCUUCCAGUCAUUUGCCGUCUUAAAACAAAGGAUGAAGCUUCUCAUUCUUUUCACGAUUUUAAUUACGAUAUACAAGACGAAGUCAGCUUCCUUGCUAACUGGUUUUUACGAUCAGAACUCAACAAAUUUAAUUGAGGACAAACAGGCAAUUAAGGAGAUCGAUGUUCUCAGGCAGAUCAUCAAUCAGGAGACCAUCAUUCGUUUGACCUUGGUCAAGGAGGUCAAGGCCAUGGCGAACGACAUGAAUUCUCUGAAGCGGAGCAUGGCGUCCAUGGAAACAACAGUGGCAUCCCUCAAGGAAAACAGUACCAAUAUUUAUCAGGAACUAAACAAAAGUAAAUCACAAACCAUUGAAAAAGAUGACAUAAGAUCAUGCGAAAAAGAAUGGGUCAAUUACCAAGGAGAUUGCUAUUAUUUUUCAACAUCCACAGCUUCUUUUCUAGAUGCUAUGGGAGCGUGUCACCGAUUUGAUGCAGAAAUGAUACUUCUUCAAAAUGCAGAAGAAGAAAAAUGGCUUGAUCUUCAGUUCAGGAUAAGAGGUUAUCCAGCAAAUAGACAGGUAUGGCUCGGGGCGAGCGAUGUUCAGCAUGAAGGAAGGUUUUUAUCUGUUUCUAAUGCAGAGGGACUGCGUUAUAGUCAUUGGGUAAGAGGACAACCAGAUAACUUAGGUGGAAGAGAGCACUGUGCCACGUACUGGAUACAAAAUAAGGGAAUGAACGAUGCGCCUUGCAACAAUAAAUAUAACUAUGUCUGCAAAACAAAUGUUUUAAAGAAAAUGUUAGCCCUGUCAACCUCAAAGAGGAAUACGUAAUAUCCCAGUCUUUGUAGGUAUUGUAAUAUGUGCAUUGUUUUAUUGUAUAAACAGUUUGUAGAGUAAGCUCGACAUUAAAUCUAAGUACACUAUCUAGGGGAUAUACAUGUAUUAUACCAUACUUUGAUUUUAUAUAUUUACAUUUGUGCAUGCUUUCUCUUAUAUAAAACUGUUUAAGCAAGGUG